AUGGAUAAUAAUGUGAAUAGUUUACAAGUUGUAGAACAAUAAGCUUCCUAAAAAAUUAAUCAGAGCAAUAUCAAAAGUGUUUAGAUAGAUUAUAAUUCUUUACUUAAAUGCACAACAAGUUGUGAUUUACCAAAAAAUGAAAUUGAUUAGUUAAUGAAAAUGUUCAAACGUAUGGAUUAAAAUAAAGUUGGAUUCUUAAGCUAUCAUGAUAUGAUGGAUUUAUUAAAAGGUAUUAGAUAUAUUUUAUUAAAGAAUUUGGUUUUGAAAUAAAUUAGAAUUGUAAGGAGAAAAUUUUCAAAGAAAUUGAAGACAGAAAUACAACAAAACUUGAUUUCUAAACAUUAUUAUACAUUACUCGAGUUUGUAAAGAUUUUGAUUGCAAAGAUAAGGAAAACCAAGAAUAUAUACAAUAUAGUGAAUUUAGUAAUGGAUUGUAUAAUCAUUUUAGUUGAUGCAUUUGUGGCAUUAGGAGGUGAACCUGAUGCAAGUGGUUACGUACAUAAAAAUAAAAUUAUUGAAAUACUAUCAGAUGAAUUUGAUUUGAAUUUCGAUAUUGAUGAAUUAUUGGAAUAAUUAGAAGUUUCAAAUGAAAGUUUGGAUUUCAAUACAUUUCGUAGAUUGUUUAGAGCAGAAAAUAAAAAAUCAAUAAAACGAAAUAGCAGUUUAUUAUCAGUAAUAAUCCUUACUAAAUUUAUAAGCUUUUAUCACAUAGAUCUUUAACACAGAGAUCCACUUCUAGUAUUUCAACAGUAAAAGUUAGAAUGAGAGAUUUUGAAAAAUUUCUAGAAAAACUUUAAAUGGAUGAGAAUGAAAAUGGUGGUUCUCCAUCUCCAAAAAAAUGA